GCCGUCUGUCCGCCAUGGACGAGGCUGACCGGCUGCUCCUGCGGCGGUACCGGUUGCCUCUGGUCGGUGAGCUGCAGGUUGCCUCGCUUUGGGACGCCCUGCUGAGCCGCGAGCUCUUCACUCCCGACAUGAUCGAGGACAUUCAGAGGGCAGGCUCAGGAUCUCGGCGUGAUCAGGCCAGGCAGCUGAUCCUAGAUCUAGAGACUCGAGGGAGUCAGGCCCUUCCUUUGUUCAUCUCCUGCUUGGAGGACACAGGCCAGGACACUCUGGCUUCAUUAUUGAAGACCAGCAGACAAGCAGCAAAACAGGAUGUGGAGGCCAUCAGACCCCUGGAUCUUAAGCCGGUGGUGCUCGGACCAGAGGGCCUCAAAUCAGAGGAGCUGAGAGUGAUGAAGCAGGACCCAUCAAAGCCGAGCCAAGGAAAACUUGCUCCAGUGGUGCUGGGGCCAGAGGAGCUCUGGCCAGCCAAGCUCAGGCCUGAGGUUCUCAGACCAGAGGUACCCAGGCCAGGGGACAUUGGUUCUGGAGGAUUCACUGAUGUCUGUCCUCAGGACAGAGCCAAGGGAAAUGCUGAUCUGGCCUAUGUCCUGAACGCAGACCCCUGCGGCCACUGCCUGAUCAUCAACAACGUGAACUUCUGCCGCGAGUCGGGGCUCAAGACCCGCACGGGCUCCAACAUCGACUGUGAGAGGAUGCAGCGACGCUUCCACCUGCUGCAGUUUGUGGUGGAGGUGAAAUGUGACCUGACUGCCAAGCAAAUGGUCCAGGCUUUGAUGCAGCUGGCGCGGCGGGACCACGGCGCUCUGGACUGCUGCGUGGUGGUCAUCCUCUCUCACGGCUGUCAGGCCAGCCACCGCCAGUUCCCAGGGGCUGUUUAUGGCACAGACGGAUGUCCUGUGUCCGUCGAGAGAAUUGUGAACACUUUCAAUGGUACUGGCUGCCCUAGCUUGGGAGGGAAGCCCAAGCUCUUCUUCAUCCAGGCCUGUGGUGGAGAGCAGAAAGACCAUGGGUUUGAGGUGGCCUCCACUUCCCCUGAAGAUAAGACCCCCAAUAGCGACCCUGAGACGGAUGCUACCCCAUUCCAGGAAGGCCCACGUUCCACUGACGAGCCAGAUGCCGUGUCUAGUCUGCCCACGCCCAGCGACAUCUUGGUGUCCUACUCCACUUUCCCAGGCUUUGUCUCCUGGAGGGAUCCCAAGAGCGGCUCCUGGUACAUUGAGACCCUGGACAGCAUUUUUGAGCAGUGGGCUCACUGUGAGGACCUUCAGACCCUCCUCCUCAGGGUUGCUAAUGCUGUUUCAGUGAAAGGAAUUUACAAACAGAUCCCUGGCUGUUUUAAUUUCCUCCGGAAAAAACUUUUCUUUAAAACAUAAUGAGAUCAGGACCCUUCACCCUACCUUACUGUUCACCCUGAAACCUUCCUGCUCCAGCUCUGGCUGUGGCUAAGGCCUGGACUUUCCUACCACUGUGGCUGACAUCCAUUGGAGGUUUCUGUAGCCUGUGGAGGGUCUGCUCUCUCCCCACGGGCAGCAGGCAGUCCUAGUAGCUUCCAAGUUGGAGCCAAAUGACCAGCGAUGGAGGAGGAGGAGCAGAACGCCAUGGACACUAUGGGGCUUUUUGCCCGUGACCCCAUUCAUGGCUAGCGGCUGUGGCCUGCGACCCCUGUGUUUUCUCUACAUCAGGGCUUCUCAGCUUCAGCACAGCUGACACUGGGGCCAGAGAAUCCUUUGUUGUGUGGCCAUCCUGUGCACUGUGGAAUGUUGAGCAGCCUGGCCUCCACCCACCUCUCUUGAGUCUUGACAACCAAACGUGUCUUCAGAUAUUGCCAAAUCGUCCUCGUAGACCCCUACUGGGGAACCACUGAUCUACAGGAAAUUUUGGCUGCAAACAAACCAGCAUCUCUCUUAGAUCAGUUUAAGGCUACCAGAAUCUGAAGAGCUAGAAUCUGUAAAUCCUAAAUGAAAUUUUAAAAAUUAUCAAGUUUUUCUAUAUUGCAGUGUUCUUUAAAAAAAAAAAAAAGUUGAAUAUGGACUCUCUUUCACCCUUUUCCCCCUUGUUUUGCUCUAACUUUUUAUUGUUUCUCAUAUAAAGGAGACUGUGGCUUUUUGGGAAAUAUUUCCCCAGCUCUUACUUCUUUGAACCCCCUACCCCCAUCCCAAGAAGUGACUGGGGUGGGAGCCAUGUGUUGGGGGAGGUUAAGUCACUUGUCCACGGAACACAGUUAACUAGUGGAGAGACAUGGCCAGACUUGGGCCUUCUUGAGUCCAGCCUGUGUCUUCCUGGCUUCAGGACCCUCGUCCUCCUCGUUCCCCACCCACUUGCUGAGCCUGUAAGCUCAGCUUAAAGACCCCGAGCCUGUUUCUUGCUCUCAGGGCCCUAGACAUGAGUACGGUUUGCUAAUAAGACUCUCACCAAGAUGUGAUUCAAGUAGUUGUCACUUUAUUGUUAUUUUUCUCCUGUGACCUUUCCAAGUCUGAAACAGUCCCAGGGACUUCUGGUGGUUAGUUAUUUUCAAUCACCUGCAGGACACACAAGAAAAUAAUCAGGUUAACUCAGCAGAGCAGAGCCUUGUGUGCAGAUUCCCAGCUUUCUCCCUCCCGACUCUGCGCUGCCUGUGUGAAUCAGGCAGCCGGAGUUGAAGCAGCUCUCCCCAGGAGCUCUAAUGAUGCUUGGGAGAAAAGAUGUCACCACAGCUUUAAAUGGAUUUCCUGUA